AUGCGGGUUUACUUUAUUGGCCUUUCACGUUUCCUUCGAGCUCUGCCGCUCCCCUCCUCUGGCAUCCAGCCAAUCACCAUCCAUCCUGUUCUUCUCCGCCCGCACCAUCGUUUUUCCUGCCUUUUUCCUCUUAAAAAGAAAAUCCUCUCUUUCUCUCCCUCUUCUUUUCUUCUUCUCUAA